AUGAUUGGAAGCUUCGACUGCAUGUACUGGCAAUGGAAGAAUUGCCCAACAGGUUGGGCUGGAGAAUACAGCGGAAGAAAACGUAUGCCGACUAUCAUCCUCGAAGCAGUCGCUUCUUAUGACACAUGGAUAUGGCAUGCCUUCUUUGGAAUGCCUGGAUCAUGCAACGACCUCAACGUGCUUGCUAAGUCCCCGUUGUUUGACGAGCUCACUGCUGGUCAAGCCACUCAGAUCCAAUUUCAAGUGAAUAACAGGAUUCACAAUUUAGGGUACUAUCUCGCUGAUGGUAUCUAUCCGCAAUGGGCGACUUUCACGCGCUUUAGUAUUGUUCGAGGAGCAGCUUGUGGCUGGGAUAGAGAUGACCUUCGAUACAUCAUGUUGACUUAUAUUAUAUUACACAACAUGAUAAUUGAGGAUGAAAGACCAGAUGACAGCGAUGAGGAUUUGGAGUCCGAUGAAGAAGAGGAUAACACUAUGAGGCCCAGGUUGGCCCAGGUUUGGGAAGGACCUACCGGUGAAGACUUCGAUCCUGUUGGUAUAGAUGGUUAUUACUUCAACGGAUUCAUGGAUCGAUAUGAUGCCAUUAGAAGUGCAAACAGUCACUCAAACCUUCAAGAAGAUUUGAUAGAGCAUUUCUGGAACGUUCAAGGCAACAUGGAGAUCUAG